AUGAAAUUCACAGAUGGAAACGGCAAAGUCACUGUGCUGGGGCACCUGUUGGGCCUCACGAAGAAAUCGGACCGAGAAAAAUUUAACAGGCUUCUCCACGACGGCGGCAGAUUGUACGUCCUCGACGAGAUCCAUGGGUUGAAUCUUCCCUCACAAGCUGUGAUUGAGGAGGCCUGGAAGCGUGCUGAUGCAGCUGCUCCCCCCAAUGACAGCGACCUCAUUGGAAAAGUUCAAUGCCUACAGUUCGAUGUGCGCAAGCCCCCCCCGCCUUUCUACAACUUUCAUUGGCCGCAGGCAGCCUGGGCCAGAUUUGCAAAUGAGCAGCAGAAGGAGCUGAACGAGGCCAACACAACAACUGCCAGCAAGGCUACGAACAGCCAGUUCAGAACCUUGGCCGGCGAAGGUGCCAUUCCAGUGGAGGUGCCUCUGCAGCCUCGCACUGAAGGCCAAAAUGCGACCACCGGGAAGCAGGCAGUGAACCUGCAGACGCCUUGUGAUGUACCACGAAACAGCACCAAGCCUUGUAUCCAUCUUGAUGCCGACUCGGCGGAUCACACAGAAUCAGUCAGCAUGGCUGAAGCAGGUCCUUCCUCUGCAGUACCAGUGGCCGUGCAGAAGAAGCCUGUCCUCAAGUGCUCGUACCCUCCCAUGGGUGCUUGCACAAACAGCUUGCAGAUCUGCACCACAGACCUUCAACAUCUUGGAAAAAGCGAGCUCCUGAAUGACACAUGCAUCGACUUUGGCACGAGGACAAUGACCAUGCAUGAUAGCAAGGGGAAGGCCCACGAGUGCAGGCUGGCGCUCGGAGCGUUCAUUGCAGAUCUGCAGGAACAGUGGGAAGCCCUUGGCCUGCGUUACUUUAGAGAUGUGUCCACACUGGCCACGAAGGAUGACAUGAUCAGCCUGGAUUCUGAUCCACCUCUGCGCCAUGAGGAAGACAUGAAGGUGAUGUGUAACACCAGGCCAAGAGUACACAGUUGGGAGAUGCUCUUGGUUGGGGAGGUAACAGCAGGCAGCAAACACUACUGGUGUAACACAAUACCUUCGUCGAGCAAGGUAUAUGUAUUGCUGGCAGGGGAUGUCACCCUGAAGCAACGGAACGAGGUCGGAUUUGUGGGCGAGGAGGUUGCGUUAUGGGGCUUUGCAAAUACCGACAUUUACCAGUGUACCCGUGGACACACUUCACCAGGGCUUCAACGGUAUCUCGAUGCAUCUCAUAGAGGCUUUAAAGGCAUGUAUAGAGGAUAA